UUUACUGGUUCUAUCAUCCUUGGCACAGACUGCGCAUGCGUGAUAAUUCAACAACGUUCUGUCUCAGAAAGAAGCUAGUGCUCCGGAGCGUCGUCACCAGCCAUGACUGAACAACGAAACGGUGAACAAACGCCUCCCGCGUUUGCUUUCGUCAGAGAAGCAACCCCGGGUACAAGCCGUGAAGGCGGCGAGGAUGCCUCACGCCCUUCGGAUGAUUACCCUGCGUAUAUUGACGAGUACAUCAAUGACGCGUUGAAGGCGUUGAACCGCCAGACCGAUGCUACUGACGUCAAUGAUGACACUGACAGCGGAAGCACGAACUACGCACCUGUGGUGUCCACCACUACUGCCGAUCACGCCUGGCCCAGAACGGGCCACGCUAACAUCGAGAAACUAUGCUCCCCUACGAAAGACACCGCGAGCUGUUCUGACGACGCCUGGCGUUGCCAGCGGAACGCGCAGCACAGGCCGAUAGCCGACCAGACGUACAACCUCGACGGUGUCUAUUCCAGCAGUAGCCCUAGUCACCUGCACCUGGGGCCCACAAGCAGCAUCGAUCACAAAAAGCCCAGCACAAGCCGCGCUGGAAUGGUGGAGGCAUCUGCAAGUUUACAAUACGGAGCUAGAAAUCCUCAGACCACGCGGGUUCACCAAAGCAACACGCAGUACUACCCGACUGCAGGCACAUCCACCAUCCAGGGGUAUACACACAACAGAGAAACUGUAAGCACCAGUUUCACACUUCCAGUCUACAGCAGCAGCGGCGGUGGCAAAUACGCAGUGGCCAGUACAAGCCACGCGGGCACGGAGGAAGCAUCGUGCAUUCUGGGAAAUGAUGCUAGAAUUCCUGACGCCACCGGCGCUGAGCCAUGGAGUAUGCAGUACUACGCGGCUUGUGGCACAACUACAGUCUCCGAUGCCACUGACAGCGGAAGCAUCAGUCACCCGCCCAUGGUGUCCAGCACCAGCGCCGAUCCCGCCACGUCUACUACAAGCCUUGCUGGCUUGGAGAAACCAUCGUUUAUCCCGGAAGAAACCGACAGAGUUCCUGAAGAAACCAGAGAAGCAGCGUGGCAACAGCGAGAGAACCAGGCUACCAACAGAAUGCAAGAGUGCCACUUGUGUCGGUUCGGUUUCACCUACGCGGAGGCCUUUCAAAAACACGCCGCUGACCACUCGCUUGGGAAAAACCACAACUGUCCCGAGUGUGGCAAACUGUUUAAGAGCCGUUGGAAUCUCACGAGGCAUUUAGGUACGCACGGCGAACCGUCCUUUGAGUGCAGCGUGUGCGGCAAAAAAUAUUACACCAAAGGUGGCCGCAAGAGGCACAUGCUUUCAUGCCGCGUUGGCGCACAGGACUGAGAAGCCGUCGACGGGUCUCCUUAACAGGGCAGCACCCGCCACGAAAUUGGUCGAGCAGGUCCGGAAGCACCGUCGCACCUGACGGUGGAUUCGGCAUCGCUACAGCCGGAUAUUCACUCGGGAGGAGUGCCUUCUCUGGAUGUCACCCUCGCACCAAGAUCCGUCAUGUGCCUUCGAAGAGAACUUGCGGUCUGGGCCUCAACAGUACUAGCUGGGAGCUAACUUCCUGACAAACAAAACUGGGCUAAUCUUAUUUCUUCUGACUAGGGCUGAAGAAGGCCUGCGAAUAAAGUUCUUACAGUGGUUAUCUCGAGGAAUACUGUCCGCCAGCUCUGUGGUUUCCUUCGAAGAAUGCACCCUUUCUUCGCAUUCCUCUAGCCAUGGUUAAAAUAAAUUUGUCUCCUGGAUUGAACAAAGUAGGGAGAUAUCAUUCUUGGAAAAAAUAGUAGUAAGGAUAUUUAUAGUAGAGUUCUUAACAGUGAAGCUGAGUAGUCCCGCCCUAAUAUUCUCGAGCCUUGCUGGUAAGGUUAUGAAUAGUUUUAGUGCCCUGCAUUGUACAAACAAAACUGCUAAAAAUGGUCCAUAUUUGUUCAAUGGUGGAAGCUCAAGACUCUGCCCGGUGAAAGGGGAUACUCACAGCUGAAGAACAGCUACAAUAGCUGGCUUAGCUCAGGCAUGUAACUAAUGAUCAAAUAAAUCAUUGCAGUGGCUAAUUAUUGGACAAUUAUGACGAUGCUUUACUGCCAUCCCUUUUAUAACGGAGUGGAUACAGCCAACUAUCUCGUCAAGCAGGCUAUAGCCUGCUUGAUUUAUUAGGUGUACUGUACAUCCUUUUAUUAGU